UGGACUUUGGUUUAGUUGUCAAGGGUAGGUUGGAUUAAAACGACGCAGUCUCUGUGCCCUGUUGCUUCUUCUUCUUCUUUUUGUCACUUUUGCUUGCGCCAUAAGCGGAGGUCACCCCGGAAGCUAGAACUCAAAAGUGAAUAAUCUCUUUAAAGAGAACAAUUAUUCGAAGAAAUUUUUCGUGGGUUUCUGUUAGUUCAUAAAUUGGUGAACCAAAUUCUUCUUUUAUUUUCUUUGAAUAUAAGAGGGUUUUACGUUUAAAUUUUGAAAGAGGAAACGCAGAGAUAAAGAGAGAGAGAGGGAGAGAUGCAGACAGAGGCGAGAGUUGGAGUGGUGGUAGAGGGAGGGACAAGAACUCUCAAUUCGCAGAAGAAACAGCAAAAGCCAGUGCAACAGCAGCAAUCCCAAAUCGGAACAGUUUCGCAGCUCAUGGCCGGUGGCAUGGCGGGUGCUCUUAGCAAGACUUGCACUGCACCUCUUGCUCGCCUUACCAUACUCUUUCAGGUGCAAGGUAUGCACUCUGAUGUUGCAACAUUGAGAAAGGCUAGCAUAUGGCAUGAGGCCUCUCGAAUAUUUAGGGAGGAAGGAGUUAGAGCUUUCUGGAAGGGGAAUCUUGUCACAAUUGCUCAUCGGUUGCCUUACUCAUCUGUCAACUUUUAUUCAUACGAGCACUAUAAAAAGUUGCUACAUAUGAUACCGGGACUAGAAAACCACAGGAAAAAUGUGGGUGGAGAUGUCCUCGUUCAUUUUAUAGGCGGUGGUAUGGCUGGAAUAACAGCAGCAUCUGUUACAUAUCCGUUGGAUCUUGUAAGAACCCGCCUUGCAGCUCAGACAAAUGUAAUCUAUUACAGAGGUAUAUUGCAUGCAUUACAAACAAUUAGCAGAGAGGAGGGUGUUUUGGGACUCUACAAGGGACUUGGAGCAACACUUUUGGGUGUCGGACCCAGUAUAGCUAUCAGCUUUUCAGUGUAUGAGACUUUAAGAUCUUUUUGGCAAUCGCACAGGCCUCAUGAUCCUACUGUUGCAGUGAGUUUGGCUUGUGGCAGUCUAUCGGGAAUUGCAUCCUCAACAGAGAAGCAGGGUGUGGUGCAGGCUCUGCAUUAAGCAUCUAACCAGACUGACCCCUAGAGCCAGAGACCCGACAGGAGUUAUUUAUAUUUUGCAUUUUAUAAUUUUAGUAAGGAAGUCGAGGAAAAAAUUUACUGUUUCAUUGCUUUUCAUCUAACUUCUUUUUCUAUUUAAGAAUCUCAACUGCAUUAACUUCUCUUCUCCGACAUUUCAUGUGGAACUUGUCUUCCCAAGCAUUGCAGUUGAUUCUAUAAUAGAUGGCAUUACUAUCAGGUGAAAUAGUACUGCUCUCUCGGAAAUCAAAUGUGAGAGCUGUCCUCUUUGAGGUAUGCAUCUCAAUUAGAUUUCCUUGGCAAUUGCAUUAAAUUGGGAUAUAUAAAUCCUUCAAGCCUUGUGAUGCAGUUGUCAAGGUUCAGCCCACUGGUUUUGAUAGAAAAGGUUAAAUCCAUAGUUUUUUGUACAAAGUAUUUUUUGUUCCUAAUUUUAAUGAAAUUCGGGGUAAGUACAAAGAAGUACCUUGAGGUUUUCAUGCAAACCUGUGAUUCAAUUCAUGACGAAGUGAAACCCUGAACUUUUCUGUGUUAGCACUUUAAGGACAAUGUUUUGUGUCAUUAAUUUUGCUAAUGUGGCAGUGUAGAAUAAAUAAUAUAAUAUAUUUCCUUUCCAAAAAAAUUGUUACUUCAUUUUUUUUUUAUUUUCAGUUUUUUAUGAGAUCUAAAUUUUUUUAAAAAAUAUCAUUUUAAUAAACUUACAGAGUCUCAUUAGUGAAAUUAACGGUGUUGGAGCAUUUAUCUUUAAAGUGCUAACAAAGUAAAGCUUAAGAUAUCAUUUUGUGAAAAAUUUGAACCACAAGUCCCUAAAAUCUAAGUCUGAAAUAUUAGGGUACUCUUUUGUACUUUCCCUUAUGUUUAUUGCUCGUGUUCAAAAGUAUCGACCCUAGCGAUAAUCAGAACUGUACUGGAAGCAGCUACAAGUCCAAAUUCUCAUGGUGAGCUAGAACUCGGUAUGUUCAGUUUGUUUGAGAUUAACAUAACUUGCAUUUAUAAUAGCUGCAUUGGUGCAUUUUCUGUUUGCAUGCAAGUGCAAGGUAGCCUACUCCUGCCAGUAUUUCAUAUAUGCUGAUGGCUUAGAAUUCUUAAUACCAGAUGUGGAGUUCUUUUUUGUAAUUCAUUUGCUUUUGAGAUUAUUAUUCCAAGUGACCGACUUUUCCCAGUGCGCACUAUAUAUGCAUACAUGUAUAUGAACGGUUGAGACCUGUUUAGCUUCCGUUGUCUUCAUAAAUCUAAUCCAGUUAAAAGGAGUUGCAUGUUCAAGAAUAAUGAUGCAUUCUGUUUAACAUGCAGCAACAUUUCCUCUUGAUCUUGUGAGACGACGGAAGCAAUUGGAAGGGGCAGGUGGCCGGGCCCGUGUUUACACGACAGGUCUUUUUGGUACAUUCAAACAUAUAAUCCAGACCGAGGGCUUUUGGGGUCUAUAUAGAGGCAUUAUGCCCGAAUACUACAAAGUCGUUCCUGGUGUUGGCAUUUGUUUUAUGACCUAUGAGACUCUGAAAUUGCUUUUAGCAGAUGUUACUGCCAAAUUGUAGUUGCUGUGAGCAUAUCUCUGAGGUUGAUAUGCAAUGAAACAAUCAACGCACGGUUAUAUGCAAUAGCAAUUUCGGUUGUACUCCAA